UCGCUUCCGUCUACUCGUUCAUUCUCACCACCACCGUUGCUGACUGAUACCUCUAAGCUUACAAAUGGGCCUUUUUUACUGCAUAUAUAACGCUGCGUGCAGUUCUCACCUCACUAACUUAACUGACCGAUCAUGUCUCUCUUCCAACCCGCCAGCGAUCCUCCUACCAAACUCGGUAUCUAUCGUGUCCUGUCCUCUCGCGCAGGGGUGAGGGUAUCUCCCCUUGUCCUUGGUGCGAUGAGCAUCGGUGAUAAAUGGAGGGCCCUUGGUUCCAUGAAUAAGGAGUCUAGUUUCAAGCUACUGGACGCGUAUUUUGAUAUGGGCGGAAACUUCAUCGAUACUGCGAAUGGAUACCAGGAUGAAUCAUCUGAAGAAUUCAUUGGGGAAUGGGCGGAGAAACGAGGAAUACGAGAUCAGCUGGUCAUAGCGACGAAGUACACCACAAAUUUCAAGCGUGAGAACGACGCUAUUGCGCAGAAGGUCAAUUACGUUGGGAACAGCACCAAGUCUAUGCAUAUCAGCGUGGAAGCGAGUCUUAAAAAGCUCCGAACGUCGUACAUCGACAUCCUCUAUCUUCAUUGGUGGGAUUACGAGACGUCGAUACCGGAAGUCAUGGAUAGCCUGCACAAUCUCGUCGCCGCACGGAAGGUUCUCUACCUCGGUGUCUCCGAUACCCCCGUAUGGGUCGUUGCUCAAGCGAACCAAUACGCCAUAGAUCACGGUAAGACGCCAUUCGUCGUCUACCAAGGAAAAUGGAGUAUCUUGGAGCGGUCGUUUGAGCGUGACAUCAUUCCCAUGGCGAAAUCAAUGGGCAUGGCGCUCUCUCCGUGGGGUGUUCUCGGGCAAGGGAAGCUGCGAACGGACGAAGAGGAGCAACGGCGGAGGGAGACAGGAGAGAAGGGACGUACGACCUGGGGUCCGAAUUGGGAACGUACAGAGGUGGAGGUGAAGGUAUGUAGGGCUUUGGAGAAGGUAGCGGCUGAAGUCGGCGCAGGAAACAACGUCACGGCAGUUGCGAUCGCAUAUGUGAUGCAGAAAACACCCUACGUAUUCCCUAUCAUUGGAGGACGAAAAGUGGAACAUCUCGAGGCAAACCUAAAGGCGCUGGACAUUUCGCUGUCGAAGGAGCAGAUCGCCUUUCUAGACAGCACUAUGCCUUUUGACCCCGGAUUCCCGACGACAAUGAUUGGCGACGGGUCUAGUUACUGUUUCCUCCUCUCAUCGGUAGCAAAGAUGGCGAAACAACCAGGUCUUCAACCCAUCAUGCCCUGACUGGAUGUCACACUGAGGCUAAUGAAUGCUCCCACUUUUUUGUACUUCAGAUGAUGUAAAUGCAUGUAGGAUAGGUAGUAUUACAAGAUACC